AUGGCAGACUUUGAUGAGGCCAGCCAGGCCUUCCUGGCAUGGCUCCGACAUACUGGUGCAGAGAUCAACCCUAAGAUCAAACUGGAGGACCUGCGGCACCGGGACGCUGGGCGAGGCGUUGUCGCCAUUCAAGAUAUCGCCGAACACGAACUGCUCUUCCGCAUUCCCCGCUCUGCAAUCCUCAGCGUCGAAAACUCGCUCCUCUCUAGUGAAAUUCCCGCCUCCACAUUCAACGCACUCGGUCCCUGGCUCUCCCUCAUCCUCGUAAUGCUCUACGAAAACCUCAACGGCUCCUCUUCGAACUGGUCCUCGUACUUCUCGGUUCUGCCAUCCGAGUUCAACACCCUGAUGUUCUGGACCAAGGACGAGCUCGCGGAACUGCAAGCAAGUGCUGUGGUCGACAAGAUUGGGAAGGAAAGCGCAGAUGAAAUGUUCCUUGAACAGCUCGUUCCGGUGAUUAUAGAAAUCAGUGAGGUGUUCUUCGCUGGAGAUACAAGGGCCAAGCAGAAAGCCGAGGAAAUGCGCUCACCCGCUAACCUGGAGCUAAUGCAUAAAAUGGGCAGCUUGAUCAUGGCCUAUGCUUUUGACAUCGAGUCCUCGACCCCGCCUAAGAACGUCGAUGAAGAUGGCUAUGCAUCGGAAGAGGAGGACGAGGCGCUGCCGAAGGGUAUGGUUCCCUUGGCGGAUAUGCUCAAUGCGGAUGCUGAUCAGUGCAAUGCCCGAUUAUUUUAUCAAGAUCGAUACCUCGAUAUGAAGGCUCUGAAACCGAUAAAAGCUGGAGAAGAGGUGUUUAACGACUACGGACCACUUCCAAGAUCGGAUCUGUUGAGGCGGUAUGGCUAUAUCACAGACAACUAUGCUCAGUACGAUGUUGUAGAAAUACAGAUGGACCUUGUCGCCGACCUUGCAACCGCAGCUGGAAUUUGGUCUACAGAGAGAGUUGAGUAUCUCGACGAACAAGAGAUUCUGGACUCCGGAUACGACAUCACCGUCAGCGAACCAUUCACUUUGCAAGAAAGCUUAUCCCCCGAACUCAUCAUCCUCGUCGAGACCCUACUUCUCCCGGUUGAAGAGUUUGAUCGCAUCAAACAAAAGGGCAAGUUGCCGAAACCGGAGAAAAUAACCGGCGCUGGCGCCAAGCUACUGCACAAGAUCGUUCAGACUCGGAUUGCACAGUACGCCACAAGCCUCGAAGAGGACAGUCGGGUUUUGCACGCAGAUUCUACAGUAGGCGGUGUGACAUCCAAGUCGAAAGAUCGCCGCUUCGCCAUGGCGCGAGCGGUACGUUCCGCAGAAAAGAAACUGUUAAGGCAGGCGGAAGAAGCAUUGGCCGAGCUCACAGCACGAGGAGGCGGCGCUCUGAAAAGGCAAAGAGAUGUGGACGGAGAUGUCGAGAUGGGAGGGACGGGGAAAAAGCAAAGAGCUUGA